AUGGCAGAACCGACAAAACAGGAGACUGAGCAGGUAUUCAAGGUCUUGAAAGGUCAAAAGGCCAACAAGUCUUGUUUCGAUUGCAACGCCAAAAACCCGACAUGGUCAAGUGUAACGUUUGGCGUUUACAUUUGCUUGGAAUGUUCAAGUAACCACCGAAAUAUGGGUGUUCAUAUCAGUUUUGUGAGGUCAACCAAUCUCGAUAGUUGGCAAUUGGUCCAAUUACGACGAAUGAAAGUGGGCGGGAAUGCAUCUGCCACUGAAUUCUUCAACAAACAUGGAGGAUCGUCGUUACUACACGAUUCAGAUUCGAAGAAGAAGUAUUCCAGCCGCGUUGCAGAGUUGUACAAGGAGGAAUUGGAGCGCAGGAUUAAGGAAGAUACUGCAAAAUAUCCCAAAGGCAUCUUUGUCGAGGGAAUGGAAGCCCCAGCGGCUGCCGCGACAACCUCGAACGAUGCGGAAGAUGAUUUCUUCGAAUCCUGGUCGAAACCAACGACCCCUAAGACCUCAGCGCCAGGUACACCCCGAACAUCCACCCCACCAGUUAUCGGGCGAGCAGCCUCGACACCAGCAAGCACUUCGGCAGCACCCGCUGCUCCCCGUACCAUCUCCUCGUCCGCGAUCAGACCCGCCGCUCGCAAAGGCGGCCUGGGUGCAACCAGGCUCAGUGCAGCCACAUCGUCUUCAUCCACUGGUUCUACCACGAAGAAAUCCAAGCUGGGACUAGGCGCGACCAAAGCGAAACCCGUAGAUUUCGAAGAGGCGGAGCGCAAGGCGCUCGCGGAGGCAGAACGUAUCAAGCAGUUGGGAUACGAUCGAGAACGGGAGGAGGCUGAGGAGAAGGCGAGGAAGCAAGCAGAGGCUGCUGCUGCUGCACUAGCAAAGAACACCGCUGCGUUGAGCCUGUCAUCCGCACCAUCGACCGCCAGCGCUGCUAAGAAGUCCCCUGAUCCUAGGGCAUCUGCCGCAUUCCCUAGGCUCGGCUUUGGUGCCAUCCCAGGAGCUGGAGCUGCCGCUGCCGUCGCUGCUGCCGCCGCCCCUGCCACCAGGUCAGCACCGGUUGUUGAUGACGCGCCCACCACAGCCCGCGAUAGGUUCGGAAACCAGAAGGCGAUCUCCUCGGAUAUGUACUUUGGCAGGAACGACUACGACCCUGAUGCAGUCAGGGAAGCACAGACACGUCUCCAGUCCUUCCAGGGUGCCAGUGCCAUCUCGUCUAGUCAGUACUUUGGCAGGGAUGAGGAGGAAGAGUUUGAGCGAUCUCAGGAGGGUUUGUUGGGUGAUGGAAGUUUAGCGGGCCUGGAAUAUGCUGCGAAGGAUGCAAUCGCUAAGGUCCUCUCGAACCCUGAUGUCCAGAAUGCUGCCGAGAGCCUUAGGACUGGUGCUUUGAAGCAUGUCCGAGCGCUAAUCGACUCGAUCUCUUAUCUACCUAUCACUAUCACUCUAUCCCUGCAAGGUGCAUAUGGACAUUGGUUCUCCGUACUUGCAGGAGAUUAG